UGGAGUAAACCCGGCGGCAGCAGACGCGGCCGAGUAAAUAACAGCUGACGAUCAGCUGAUCACUGCUUUGAUCUUUGUAUAAAAAGUUCACAAGAGUAGCACGAAGACACUGCGACAUCAAGCGUGGUCUUCGCACUUCUAGUAGACCGCCUCAAUUGUGUGCGACGCUGCGACAACUGCUGAUAAGUGCUCCGUGAGCGGAAAGUGUCCAGUGCGCUGCGGUGGUUGUGUUAUGGCUUGAACGUGUGUGACCAUCAGCGUAACAUCUCGUUGCGAUGAAGUGCGUGCUGUGUCGACGCAGUGGUUUAUGAUCUCAACGGUGUUUAGCUUCGGUGCUUGUAGGUCAUUGAUACGUUCAUCGUCGCAGGUGGGAUUCGCCUUGCUUUCAACCAUGUCGACGUUGGAGACGUUGAGGUUCGAUAACUUGGCCCUGCGGACGCUGCCGGUAGACAAGGAAACGCGAAACUACGUGCGCACGGUGAGCGGUGCCGUGUUUUCGCGGGUAUCGCCCGCGCCGCUCGAAUCGCCAGCGAUGGUCGUCUUUUCGGAUGAUGCAAUGAUGCUGCUAGACCUUCCGGCGUCCGAGUUGCAAAGGAAAGACGCGGCGGAGUACUUCUCUGGCAACAAGCUCCUGCCAGGCUCGGAAACGGCGGCGCAUUGCUACUGCGGACACCAGUUCGGCUACUUCGCUGGCCAGCUCGGCGAUGGUGCUGCAAUGUACCUAGGUGAAGUCAUCAACCACAAGGGUGAACGCUGGGAAAUUCAGCUGAAAGGGGCCGGGCUGACACCGUACUCAAGGUCUGCUGAUGGCAGAAAAGUACUGCGCUCAUCACUUCGAGAGUUCUUAUGUAGCGAGGCUAUGCACUAUCUUGGCGUACCCACCACAAGGGCUGGAACGUGCGUCACGUCCUCAACUACUGUGUCACGCGACAUGUUUUACGACGGGCAUCCGAAAAACGAGAAAUGCUCAGUCAUACUACGAAUCGCCCCGACUUUCCUAAGAUUUGGGUCCUUUGAAAUAUUCAAGACUUUGGACAGCUCCACGGGAAGAGUGGGGCCUAGUGUUGGCCGCAAGGAUAUCCUGCUUCAGCUCCUCAAUUAUGCCAUCGAGACAUUCUUUCCGGAGGUUCAUCACAGUUGUGGUGAUGACAGGGAGCAAAUGUAUGUAGAAUUUUUCAAAGAUGUUGUCAAGAAGACGGCACACCUCGUUGCAAAGUGGCAGUGUGUAGGGUUCUGCCAUGGGGUGCUAAACACUGACAACAUGAGUAUACUUGGACUUACUAUUGACUAUGGCCCUUUCGGGUUUAUGGAACGGUUCGACCCCGACCACAUUUGCAACACCUCAGACGACGGAGGACGGUACACAUACAUCAAACAGCCUGAAAUAUGCUUGUGGAACUUGAGGAAGUUUGCGGAAGCCAUACAGUCUGCUGUUCCACUCUCAAAGACUUUGCCGUGCCUGGAUUUGUACGCUUCAGAGUAUGAAACGUGCUUUCUAGGGGGAAUGAGGAGGAAACUUGGCAUACUCAAGAAGGAACUCGUCGAGGACAAGGACCUCGUCACAUCUUUCUACGACACCCUGGAAAGGACGGGUGCCGAUUUCACGAGGUCAUUCAGAUGCCUGAGCACGCUCGCAGUUCCUGGACACCCCGACCAUGAGCCUAGCAAGGAGAGUCUUCUGUCCCAACUCCUGUCGUGCUCCAGCAGUCACGCUGAACUCAGUGACCACUUGAAGGCUCAAGCUGGCUCUCGAGAUUUCCAGUUGUUUCUUAUACUCUCCAGAAACAAUCCAGAAUUGCUCGAGCAACUGGGCAAAGGUGCCCUUGCAAAAGAACGAAUUAUGGCUCAGAUAGAAAAGACUAAAGAACUCAAGGAAAUGAGUGCAGAAGACUUUGAGGCCCGGAAGAAAAAGAUGUGGGCAGAUUGGAUUGAAGCAUACUGUAAGAGGCUGAUGGCAGAUGUGGAAGGAGUGAAAGACCUGCAAGACUUGCAGCAAGAUAGAGUUGACGUCAUGAACAGCAAUAAUCCAAGGUUUGUCCUCAGGAACUACAUAGCACAACAAGCUAUUGAUGCAGCGGAGAAAGGAGACUACAGCGAGGCUCGAAAAGUGUUGAAGAUUUUGCAGCACCCAUUCUCCGAUGAUCCUUUGGAGCUGAAAGGAAAGCAAGUUUGCCCUGCUGUGUUUGAUGAAGGAUUCUACGAAGGAAGACAUGCAUUGAGUGCAGCAGCAUUGAGGGUCUCCUGCUCAUCUUAACGAAUGGUAAGGCACUACUGCCACUCUGCUCCCACUUUUUGCCUGUUGAAUGGGCACAUCCUGAGGACUACUGUCCAAGUGGCACCUCUUUAGCAAACACUCGACAACGUGUCGCUUAACAAGCUCACGCCAGAAGCCAGCAUUCGGUUAUUCCAAGAACUAUCGUGACUCUCUUGUGGAUUGUGUACAAAAGGAAGCUUAUGAGCUCCCGCUGACAUGUGAAAAUAAGUGUAUAAGUCAGACGGGAGGAUGCUUUAAAGAUCGAUUAUGCGAACGUGGGUUAAACGUUAGAAACAAGAAUAAUUACUGUCACUUGCCUGUUCAUUGCUUGGAGUGCGGCUGCACACCAAUGUACGGUUCUUGCAUGGUUCUGGUGAAGCACAAAGAUAAAGACGUGAGAAAGAUUAUGGAAGCCGAAGCUAUUUCUCGCAAUAGUAACGCGUGUGUGUGUGCACCAUCGAUUGACCUCUUGUAUAGAAAAACAGCCUUUCUGGUUGGCUGGCAUGCGGACUGGUGGCACCACUGUGAACUGAUAAUGAUUCUGUUGUUUCCUGGAAAUAAAAUUGUUGAAGUUAGUGCA